UUAGUACGAAUAGGAGAUCAGUUGUGUGGAAAGCAGAUAAACAAGCACUGAUUCUGUGUUUAUGCCAGUCAGUUAGAGUUCACUGAACCUGCUACUUUGAACCUGAACCUGACUGAAGGAACUGAACAACUGGUUCUGUGAAGGAAUGUGACACUGACCAAUCAGCUUGCAGCUCCUCCAGACCGUUCCCUCUGACUCACCUGUCCUGAAGGAGGAAGUGAAGCGCAGUGACAGACGGCUGCUCUGCUCUCUGCUACACCUCUACUGAACUACUCCAGCAGGUGGAAAUUAAACUAGAUAAACAAUCAAAGUGGACAUAGUUGUUUUUGGGAAGAGGUUGACAUAUUAGUAACAAUAAGUUAAAAGACAGAAUUGAGAAACUGCCUUUUUUUUAAUCUUGUGAAAGUGAAAGUAAAGUUGCUGUAUGGAAAAUGGCUUCAAGGCUGGAGGAGGAUCUAUCUUGUCCUGUGUGCACUGAGAUCUACAAGGACCCUGUGCUCCUGACCUGCUCUCACAGCUUCUGUAAAGUCUGUCUACAGCAGUUCUGGAACACAAAACCAUCCAGAGAAUGUCCAGUCUGCAGGAGGAGAUCAUCAAAGGAGCACCCUCCAGUCAGCUUGGCGUUAAAAAACUUGUGUGAGGUUUACUUACAGGAGAGAGGUCAGAGAGGAUCACUGUGUCGUCUCCAUGGUGACCCACUCAGGCUGUUCUGUCAUGAUGAUCAGCAGCUUGUGUGUUACUCGUGUCGAGACUCAAAACUCCACAGGAGUCACCAGUUCAGUCCUGUUGAUGAAGCAGCAGCUGACCGAAAGGAGGAGCUCAAAAUCAAACUAGAUCCCUUAAACGAGAAGCUGAAGGCUUUUGCAAAUGCAAAAGUCACCUGCGAUAAAACAGCUGAACACAUUAAGACUCAGACCCAGCACACAGAGAAGCAGAUCAAGGAGGAGUUUGAGAAGCUUCACCAGUUUCUACGAGAUGAAGAGGCAGCCAGGAUAGCUGCACUGAGGGAGGAAGAGGAGCAGAAGAGCCAGAUGAUGAAGGAGAAGAUUGAGAAGAUGAGCAGAGAGAUCUCAUCUCUUUCAGACACAAUCAGGGCCAUAGAAGAGCAGAUGGGAGCUGAUGACGUCACAUUCCUGCAGAGCUACAAGAGCACAGUGGAAAGAGCCCAGUGCACACUGCAGGAUCCAGAGAGGGUUUCAGGAGCUCUGAUCAAUGUGGCAAAGCACCUGGGCAACCUGAAGUUCAGAGUCUGGGAGAAGAUGCAGGACAUUGUUCAAUACACUCCUGUCACUCUGGAUCCCAACACUGCACACCCACGACUCAUCCUGUCUGAUGAUCUGACCAGUGUGAGAUUGGGUGAUGAGGACCAGCAACUUCCUGAUAACCCAGAGAGAUUUGAUAUGUAUGCCAGUGUCUUGGGCUCUGAGGGCUUUAACUCAGGGAUUCACUGCUGGGAUGUGGAGUUUGGGGAGAACACAGUGUGGCAUGUGGGUGUGAUUACAGAGUCGGCCCAGAGGAAGGGAGACUACACCUCCAGGAGUGGACACUGGUGUGUGGGGUAUAAGAGGGGUGCAUAUGCAGCACGUGCUCCACCACAGCGCUCCACUCCCUUCACAGUACAGCAGAAACUCCAGAGGAUCAGAGUGCAGCUGGACUGGGACAGAGGAGAGCUGUCAUUCUCUAACCCUGAUAAUAACAGACACCUGCACACUCUCACACACACUUUCACUGAGAGAGUGUUUCCGUACUUCAGUAUGAAUUCUACUGUACGGGUCUUAGCAGUGACAAUUACAGUGACAGCAGGUCAAAAAUGACUUGUUCAUGCUGUCACAAAGGUCAGAGAUUAUGAUUGCUGAAUGUUUCAUAACGUUGAAUAAUUUACAUGGGAUCUGAAGAUGACAUGACCUGCAUACUCCCAAUAUUGCAAAUCAUUAACAUGCUGUUUUCUAAAAUUAUAAUUAAUUAGCUUUAAUAUUCCAAACAUUGUCUGAAGCUGGAUUAAUGUGGGCAUCCUUCUGUUUACUUAAUCUGUUAAAUAACUGACAUCCCUAAAACCGUCAAGCCGCAUGGUACACGUUUUAGCUGAGUAGAACAAAUGAAAAGCUGUUUAAAUGGGCUUAAAUAUUAUGUAUGAAUCAAUGACAAUAAAUUGUUUCAUGAGAGAUUCUCAUCUCACA